CCCCUCGGUCUCUUCAUUGUCUCUUCCCCAGCGACGGAGAUAAGGUUGUGAGUCCCCGGCACGGAGCAAUAAUACUGACAACCGCGACUUACUGAAACCAAGGGGAAGAUGGAGCACAGAGACCCUCAUUUCAACAUAUUGUUAGCUACUGAUUCUUAUAAGGUGAGUGGGCGACGCCGGUAUAUUAGUGCGACUGUCUGCGUAGGUUCAGUGAAUGGAAUUAUAUCAGCCAAGGUGGUUGCAUCCUCCAAGGCCAUCAUGCCUUGGUCGCUUUCUGUGUCAGAUCGCUAGGCCAAAUGGGGAGGAGAGAGGGGCAGGUAGGAAAGGGAGUACCACAUUCUGAAAGGAUCCUUUUGCUUAUUUUCAUCCCGGAUGACUGACGGAAUGCCCCCCGGCGAAUCUACGCAGAUGCUCACCUUUGCGCAGCUAGCUACGCUUGCUAGGCAGGCAGCUAACGAAUGAGUAGAGGAUAUAUAGGCUAUGUGUUGUGAAUGGGAACGCUAUAGCAGCUAAUUGAAGAGGCGGUAGCUAGCGCUAGCAAACAAGCAAAGAAUGGAGCGGGUGAUUUUGCUACCAACCCGAGGGAAGGCUAACUUCUGCAAGAGACGUAACUAACAGGCCUGUGUCUUGUGCUACUAUCCAUUUCCCUACUGUUUUUUUCUAUAAUGGCAGAUCCUGAAACAAAAGCGAAACUUUGGUAAGCUUUUGGAUACGAUCCAGGUCUUUGUGCGAUCCUUUUUUGACGAUAUUGUCGAAGACGGAGGUGGAGUGAGUGCAUUCAGUGCACAUCAAAUGAGAGAUGAAUGGUGUAUAAUUUGGGCUGUUUUUGAUUGGUUUUUAUAUUUUAUUUUAUUUGACGUAAAAUCAGCAGCCUGCUGAUAUAUAUAAUUGAUAGACCUUGCAAGCAGAAAUUGUAUAGUUAUGACAGACUGCUUUUGUCAAUUACAAUACUACGAGAAAUGUAUUUAUUUAUUUGUGGCCCCUUGUCCCUGUCCUGUCAUCCAAGCUGUCAUAUCAGCUGAAUCUCUCACUUACAGGUCACAACACACUAUUGCAGUCUUAUUUUAGACCAUUGUGGCACAACACUAUUAUAUAAACAUAGUGGAACUGAUAUGUUGUUUCCUCUUUAUCAGAGGGACAAUAAUAAAGGUUGCACAAAGCACAUUAAUCCUAUUAUAUUUGAUGAGCCAGUGUCAACUGUCAAUCAUUCUCCCUCCUGGUCAGUUCUGUGAUGAUGCUGUUCUCUGGACUGUUGUGUGUGUGUGUAGAGUGGCACAAAAAACAUCUGUCAGUUGGGCUCAAUGCAAUACAGUGACUGGUCAGCAUCUGGAACUAGAGGGCCUGUUAGGAUAGAGAGAGAGGCUGGGAAACUAAAGGCAGGGCACAGGCUACUGUGACUGAUACACCAUAACAUGAUGGAGGGUAAUAAAGUAGGCCCUAAAGUCCCUAACAGCUGUUCUAAAACCAUGGAGGAAUAUUGGAUUCUCAGACUGUUCUGUCUUUGCCAUGCAAAGCUUAUGCAAACUGUUGUUUCACAACCCCUGGUCUGGUAAAAUACAAAACAAAUAGAGAUGUGUGAACAAGAACAGAAUGGAGUCAAACGGCUCCAAACAUUAGCUUUAAUCUUGGUCCAUUGUGCUUCUUGAAAAUAUUUUAUUUUGUCUUUCUCUCUCCUGUUUAGUCCCUAAAUUCAGAAUUUAGAAUUAAAUAUUCUGUUGAUUAUUGUUGUCAUGUGUAUGUGUACACCUACAGACAUAAUGGAAACCUUGUGUGUGUGCAUUCAGACUGAGCUGUCUGGCUCCAUCCAUCCAGCAGCCAGUGACACUCAGGGGCCACUCCAGGACCUUAAUGUGCUUCCUCUUGAGCCACUCCUUUGUUGCCUUGUGUUUUGGGUCAUUGUCAUGCUGGAAUACCCAUCCACGACCCAUUUUCAAUGCCCUGGCUGAGGGGAGGAGGUUCUCACCCAAGAUUUGACGGUACAUGGCCCCGUCCAUCGUCCCUUUGAUGCUGUGAAGUUGUCCUGUCCCCUUAGCAGAAAAAUACCCCCAAAGCAUAAUGUUUCCACCUCCAUGUUUGACGGUGGGGAUGGUGUUCUUGGGGUCAUAGGCAGCAUUCCACCUCCUCCAAACACGGCGAGUUGAGUUGAUGCCAAAGAGCUCGAUUUUGGUCUCAUCUGACCACAACACUUUCACCCAGUUCUCCUCUGAAUCAUUCAGAUGUUCAUUGGCAAACUUCAGACGGGUCUGUAUAUGUGCUUUCUUGAGCAGGGGGGCCUUGCGGCAGGAUUUCAGUCCUUCACGGCGUAGUGUGUUACCAAUUGUUUUCUUGGUGACUAUGGUCCCAGCUCCCUUGAGAUCAUUGACAAGAUCCUCCCGUGUAGUUCUGGGCUGAUUCCUCACCGUUCUCAUGAUCAUUGCAACUCCGUGAGGUGAGAUCUUGCAUGGAGCCCCAGGACGAGGGAGAUUGACAGUUCUUUUGUGUUUCUUCCAUUUGCGAAUAAUCGCACCAACUGUUGUCACCUUCUCACCAAGCUGCUUGGCGAUGGUCUUGUAGCCCGUUCCAGCCUUGUGUAGGUCUACAAUCUUGUCCCUGACAUCCUUGGAGAGCUCUUUGGUCUUGGCCAUGGUGGAGAGUUUGGAAUCUGAUUGAUUGAUUGCUUCUGUGGACAGGUGUCUUUUAUACAGGUAACAAGCUGAGAUUAGGAGCACUCCCUUUAAGAGUGUGCUCCUAAUCUCAGCUCGUUACCUGUAUAAAAGACACCUGGGAGCCAGAAAUCUUUCUGAUUGAGAGGGGGUCAAAUACUUAUUUCCCUCAUUAAAAUGCAAAUCAAUUUAUAACAUUUCUGACAUGUGUUUUCUCUGGAUUUUGUUGUUGUUAUUCUGUCUCUCACUGUUCAAAUAAACCUACCAUUAAAAUGAUAGACUGAUCAUUUCUUUGUCAGUGGGCAAACAUACAAAAUCAGCAGGGGAUCAAAUACUUUUUUUCCCUCACUGUAUGUGGGAGUGCCCAGAGGCAAUGACACGGUCAGAUAUACCGCUGUAGAGAGGCCAGUGUAAUUAUAUGUACAUAGUAGUCGUGGCUAAUCAAUAAAAGCAUUGGUGGCAGAUUUGCUCAUUACUCUGUGUUUGCGUUAUUUACUGUUCCAUAUGCUGCACAGCCUGUCUCUUGUCCCACUCUCUUUUUAACUGCCCCCAAUGUACCCAUCCUCUCCUUCUGUUCCACUUCUCUGCACAUACCUGGGUGUCCCAGCUGCACCUAGAGAGAGUGAGCUGGGGGGGGGGGGGGUGUAGCGUAGCCCUGCAGCCCUCUGGGACGCCACCGUAAACAGCUGUGUGAGGAGAGGGAGGGGAGCUGUUGUCACAAUCACUGUCAUCCCAAAGCCCCAGAGAGGGACCUCUGUCUCUCCAGUCACAGCAGUGGCCCUGUUUGACAGUAUGAAAGGCAUAAACUGACAUGGUCACGUUACGUAGCAGAAAGCACUUGGUAGCCCUCCAAAUGACACGAAUGCACUACAUUUCACCAGAGCCAACCUUUGACCAAUAGUGGGUCAUUUGAGAUAAUGAUUUUUGUUGAUACUUCCUCCAGCCUAACUCUGAGAGGAGUUGAUUUGAUCAUGAAUACAUCAUAUCAAUCCAUCACUUCAAUGAAGUCUAGUUGAAUUCUUAGUGGCUCAGUAGGCCUAGAACCAUAGACACCUCUGUGUGGGUGUGCAACAGAAACGGUCAGCAGAUGACAACGACGUGACUAGUGAAAAUCACGUUAGGAAAUUGUCAGAUGACAACUCUUUGAAGAGGGCUUUGGGAGGAGGUGGUCUGUAAUUGGAAAGCGGAUGGGAACAAUCAUCCCUGUAUCUGUCUCGUGUCUAUCUGUCCUGUGUAGUACAGAUGGACAGACAGAGGGACAGGCCUGGACAUGUCUUAUCAGGGUCAGCAGGCUGAUAUCUAGCAGCUGAGAGUGAGUGAGAACUUUCACUCAGUGCAGGUACACAUUUUGGAGUGUUUCUGAAGAAACAAAUAGCAGUGUAACCUUUCUUACGUCUCUGUGGUGUUACUGAGGAAAAAAUUACGACAGCCAAUUGUUUUCUCUGUGCAAACCUGUGACACAACAUCUUCCUGUUGUUGCAUAUGAAAUGCCUGUGACGCUGCGACCAGCAAUCUUCGGUUCUGAAAAUUAUUGUAAAACUCUGGCAAGAGAAUGUCAUAUCUAUAUCACUUCUCUGGAAGGAUACCUGAGGGCAACUAACUAUACAAUCGGGAACUGUGAUGUAUCCUGUAGUUAGGCUAUUUAAACUGUUAUUAAAGAUGUACUGUUGAACUUUUGUAUAAUUUCAGCCAGUAGUUUUGAAAGUAGCGCUCAUGAUCCGAAAGUGGUCCCCGAAAAAUGCGUACUACGUCACAGAUGUGCAGAAACUGUAUGUGCACCACGUCAUGGCUCUCUCUCUCUGCCUUGUCCACUGAGCCGUUGGGCCCGCCCUGCAACCUCAUUGGAUAACGCUGGGCAGGCCUUUUCUUAGCUGAAGCUCAUUGGCUGAAACUUGAAUUACUAGGCUGGCGCACUUGGGGGAAAAUGUCACAUAUUGACACAUUCAGCCCAAAGCGGGAGGUUUAAAAAAUAAGUACUAGUCGCCAAAGUACUGUUCAAUCUCUUUAGCUGUCAUUUUAUAGCCUGAAGUUAUGAUAUAUUUUAUCAAUGUUGUCUCCACCAUAUUGUCUUUGCUCCAGGUGACACACUACAAGCAGUACCCUCCCAACACCAGUAAAGUGUACUCCUACUUCGAGUGCCGCGAGAAGAGGGCUGACCCGACCAAGAACAGAAAAGUCAAGUAUGAGACAACGGUCUUCUACGGCCUGCAGUACAUCACCAACAAAUACUUAAAAGGUAAGGAUUGUAUUGAUGUCCUCAUAAUGCAAAAUAAGACAUCCAAGCCUAUAUAAAUAGCUCUUCUUUGAGUUAACAUACUCUACCACUAGGCCUUGCUACUAGUCUGCAGAGUUGAAAUGAACUGAGUGAUCCUUCCUGUCUCUGCCAGCAGAAUAAUCACUGUCAUGUGAUCAAGGCUAGCAUAUAAUUAAACAGGUGCUCAGAUUAAUUCUAAAGCAUGGACUGGCUGCAUGUAAUGCUCAGUAGUGUCUAGACUGAGCAGGGGAUAAUCUCAAUUGCAUUUCCUUGAUUCCUCACAUCCUAUCUCUACGCCUCAUUCUCAAAACCCAUUGGAUGAGAACUUCAGAGGUCUGUCCAUUCUGACCUUUUCAUCCAAUGGGUUUUGAGAAAGAGGUGAGAAGAGAGGACUCUAGGAAUCAAGGAAAUGCAAUUGAGAUUCUCCCCAGGAUCACAUUCCAAUACUUUGAAAAGGAAUCCUUCCUUUCUGCCUCACUUGGAAGUUAUGAUUGAUCAGUCCUCUUGCUGUGAAGAUCUGACCUGAAGUGUGUGUGUGGUUUUACUAUCCUUGUGAGGACCAGAACUCUUCACAAGGAUAGUAAAACAAGGAAAAUUCUGACAAAAACACACGGAAAAAGGCUAUUUUUGGCAUGGUUAGGGUUACAAUUAGGGUUAGGUGUAGGGGUUUGGGGUUAAGGUUAAGAUAAGGGUUAGGGAAAAUAGGGUUUUGAAUGGGAAUCAAUUGUUUGGUCCCCAUAAGGAUACAAUGAGCUCUAAAAGUAUUGAGACAGUGAUGCAUUUGUUGUUGUUUUCAUACCAUUUUAGGCGACCAUUAAGUAUUGGGACAAAUUCACUUACAGUGGGGAAAAAAAGUAUUUAGUCAGCCAUCAAUUGUGCAAGUUCUCCCACUUGAAAAGAUGAGAGGCUUGUAAUUUUCAUCAUAGGUACACGUCAACUAUGACAGACAAAUUGAGGAAAAAAAAUCCAGAAAAUCACAUUGUAGGAUUUUUAAUGAAUUUAUUUGCAAAUUAUGGUGGAAAAUAAGUAUUUGGUCACCUACAAACAAGCAAGAUUUCUGGCUCUCACAGACCUGUAACUUCUUCUUUAAGAGGCUCCUCUGUCCUCCACUCGUUACCUGUAUUAAUGGCACCUGUUUGAACUUGUUAUCAGUAUAAAAGACACCUGUCCACAACCUCAAACAGUCACACUCCAAACUCCACUAUGGCCAAGACCAAAGAGCUGUCAAAGGACACCAGAAACAAAAUUGUAGACCUGCACCAGGCUGGGAAGACUGAAUCUGCAAUAGGUAAGCAGCUUGGUUUGAAGAAAUCAACUGUGGGAGCAAUUAUUAGGAAAUGGAAGACAUACAAGACCACUGAUAAUCUCCCUUGAUCUGGGGCUCCACGCAAGAUCUCACCCCGUGGGGUCAAAAUGAUCAAAAGAACGGUGAGCAAAAAUCCCAGAACCACACGGGGGGACCUAGUGAAUGACCUGCAGAGAGCUGGGACCAAAGUAACAAAGCCUACCGUCAGUAACACACUACGACGCCAGGGACUCAAAUCCUGCAGUACCAGACGUGUCCCCCUGCUUAAGCCAGUACAUGUCCAGGCCCAUCUGAAGUUUGCUAGAGUGCAUUUGGAUGAUCCAGAAGAGGAUUGGGAGAAUGUCAUAUGGUCAGAUGAAACCAAAAUAGAACUUUUUGGUAAAAACUCAACUCGUCGUGUUUGGAGGACAAAGAAUGCUGAGUUGCAUCCAAAGAACACCAUACCUACUGUGAAGCAUAGGGGUGGAAACAUCAUGCUUUGGGGCUGUUUUUCUGCAAAGGGACCAGGACGACUGAUCCGUGUAAAGGAAAGAAUGAAUGGGGCCAUGUAUCGUGAGAUUUUGAGUGAAAACCUCCAUCCAUCAGCAAGGGCAUUGAAGAUGAAACGUGGCUGGGUCUUUCAGCAUGACAAUGAUCCCAAACACACCGCCCGGGCAACGAAGGAGUGGCUUCGUAAGAAGCAUUUCAAGGUCCUGGAGUGACCUAGCCAGUCUCCAGAUCGCAACCCCAUAGAAAAUCUUUGGAGGGAGUUGAAAGUCCGUGUUGCCCAGCGACAGCCCCAAAACAUCACUGCUCUAGAGGAGAUCUGCAUGGAGGAAUGGGCCAAAAUACCAGCAACAGUGUGUGAAAACCUUGUGAAGACUUACAUAAAACGUUUGACCUGUGUCAUUGCCAACAAAGGGUAUAUAACAAAGUAUUGAGAAACUUUUGUUAUUGACCAAAUAGUUAUUUUCCACCAUAAUUUGCAAAUAAAUUCAUUAAAAAUCCUACAAUGUGAUUUUCUGGAAUUUUUUUCCUCAUUUUGUCUGUCAUAGUUGACGUGUACCUAUGAUGAAAAUUACAGGCCUCUCUCAUCUUUUUAAGUGGGAGAACUUGCACAAUUGGUGGCUGACUAAAUACUUUUUUCCCCACUGUAUGUAUAUUCAAGUAGUCAAAAGUUUAUUAUUUGGUCCCAUAUUAGCACGCAAUGAUUACAUCAAGCUUGUGACUCUACAAACUUGUUGGAUGCAUUUGCUGUUUGUUUUGGUUGUGUUUCAGAAAAUUUUGUGCCCAAUAAAAAUUAAUGGUACAGUGAGGGGAAAAAAGUAUUUGAUCCCCUGCUGAUUUUGUACGUUUGCCCACUGACAAAGAAAUGAUCAGUCUAUAAUUUUACUGGUAGGUUUAUUUGAACAGUGAGAGACAGAAUAACAACAAAAAAAUCCAGAAAAACGCAUGUCAAAAAUGUUAUAAAUUGAUUUGCAUUUUAAUGAGGGAAAUAAGUAUUUGACCCCCUCUCAAUCAGAAUGAUUUCUGGCUCCCAGGUGUCUAUUAUACAGGUAACGAGCUGGGAUUAGGAGCACACUCUUAAAGGGAGUGCUCCUAAUCUCAGCUUGUUACCUGUAUAAAAGACACUUGUCCACAGAAGCAAUCAAUCAAUCAGAUUCCAACCUACCAUUAAUAUUAUAGACUGAUCAUUUCUUUGUCAGUGGGCAAACGUACAAAAUCAGCAGGGGAUCAAAUACUUUUUUCCCUCACUGUAAAUAAUGUAUUGUGUCAUUUACAAUAAAAGUGGCUCCAAAAUGACACAAUACAUUAUGUACCAUUCAUUUCUAUUGGGCACAAAAUAAUCUGAAACACAACCAAAGUAAACAGCAAAUGCAUCCAAGAAGGUUGUAUAGUCGCAAGCUUGAUGUAAUCAUUGUGUGCUAGGAAUAUGGGACCAAAUACUAAACUUUUGAUUACUUUAAUAAGAUUGGUUUUGAGAAGGAGGCGUGGAGAGAGGACGCGAGGAAUCAAGGAAAUGUAAUUGAGAUUCUCCCCAGGAUCACGUUCCAAUACUUUAAAAAGGAAUCCUUCCUUUCUGCCUCACUUGGAAGUUUUGAUUGAUCUAACAUCAGUGGUUAGGAUUUCACUACCCAGUCAUGUCCGGUCAGUGAUUACUCCACAGUAGGAAGUAAUGAAACAGGACGCCUUUUAUUUUCACUGUAUUUGAACAGGGCCUAGACUAGAACUCCUCUGGCCGUCAGUUAUUAUAAAGGGAGCUGAGAGCCUGUUGAGGCUUAGCUGGAUGUCCCACCUGGGGCAGCCUUGGCCUAGACACUGAUCUAAGCUCAGUUUCUCACUCCAUGCCCUAAUGGUGCCUGCCCUAAGGUUAGGGUUUGUAGAAGGUUAAGCUGAUCCACGAUCUGUGUUUAUUCUUCCACACAGCAUUAGAGAAUGGAACUCAAAGUGAUUUCACGGCAAGGCAGAGCGAGGUGCUGUAGAGAGCUUCAGGACUAGCGUGGACUGGAAACAAAGGAACAUCUGCUCUUUGAGCCCCAGCAACACAAAGGGAAGCUGCACUAGCAGCUACUAGCAUUGAUUCACUACAAUGAUACAGAGUUCUACUUGCAAGAAGUAGUCUUAGAAUAACAUUUUCUUAACUUUAACUUUUUAUUUCUACUCAAAUAACCUUUUUAAAAAUACCAGCCUUGUUACUUUAUUGCAACAGGGGGUCAUAUCAACCACACGUUGGUGUGUGUGUGGUUGUGUGUAGUUGUAGGUGUGUGUAUGUGUUUUUACGUGCGUGUAAAGUAAAGUAAAGUAAAAUAAAAUAAAAUGUAUUGGUCACAUACACGUGGUUAGCAGAUGUUAUUGCGAGUGUAGCGAAAUGCUUGUGCUUCUAGUUCCGACAGUGCAGCAAUAUCUAGUAAGUAAUAUCUAACAGUUCCACAACAAAAACCUAAUACACACAAAUCUAAGUAAAGGAAUGGAAUAAGAACAUAUAAAUAUAUGGCUGGGCAAUGUCAUUAUCAGAGUGGCAUAGGCUGAUGCAAUAGAUAGUAUAGAAUACAGUAUAUACAUAUGAGAUGGGUAAUGCAAGAAAUGUAAACAUUGUGUGUGUCGCUAGCCUGUAGCAUGUCCUGCAGCAGGACAAAGCCACUCUGUAAGAGGGAGAGAGAAGCUCCUAAUUUAAUAGCACACGGAUGGACUUUGGGAUUCCAAUGCUUCUCUCUCAUCUCCCUUCUCUCACUCUUUUGCUCUCAUAAACUUUCAUAUCUCUCUCUAUCCGAUACACUCCACUUGUUCACUGAUGCUUCAACCAUUUAACCUCUUUCUUUUUUUUCUUUCUCCAUCUCCCUCCCUCCCUCUCUCCCUUCCCCCUCCAGGGAAGGUGGUGACUCCAGAGAAGAUCCAGGAAGCAAAGGAGGUGUACAGGGAACACUUCCAGGAUGACGUCUUCAACGAGAAGGGCUGGAACUACAUACUGGAGGUACACGUACACGUUUGUUUUACUACAGUGAGCUCCAAAGGUAUUGGGAGAGUUUUGCCUCUGUACUCUAGCACUUUGGAUUUGAAAUGAUUCAAUGACUGAGGUUAAACUGUAGUACUAUAGAACUCAGCUUUAAUUUGAGGGUAUUUUCAUUCAUAUCGGGUGAACCGUGUAGAAAUUGCAGCACUUUUUGUUCAUAGUCCCCCCAUUUUAGGGGACCAAAAGUAUUGGGACAAAUUCACUUAUGUGUAUUAAAGUAGUCAAAAGUUUAGUAUUUGGUCCCAUAUUCCUAGCACGCAAUGAUUACAUCAAGCUUGCGACUACAACCUCGUUGGAUGCAUUUGCUGUUUGUUUUGGUUGUGUUUCAGAUAAUUUUGUGCCCAAUAGAAAUGAAAGGUAAAUAAUGUAUUGUGUCAUUUUGGAGUCACCUUUAUUGUAAAUAAGAAAACAAUAUGUUUUUAAACAUUUCUAAAUUAUUGUGGAUGCUACCAUGAUUACAGGUAGUCCUGAAUGAAUCGUCAAUAAUGAUGAGGUUACAGACGCACAAAUAUCAUACCCCCAAGACAUGCUAACCUCUCACAAUACAUUAUUUGCCAUUCAUUUCUAUUGGGCACAAAAUUAUCUGAAACACAACCAAAACAAACAGCAAAUGCAUCCAACAGGUUGGUAGAGUCACAAGCUUGAUAUAGUCAUUGCAUGCUAGGAAUAUGGGACCAAAUACUAAACUUUUGACUACUUUAAUACAAUUGGGGGGGGUGGGGACUGUGUACAAAAAGUGCUGUAAUUCAUUGUAUCAUUUCAAAUCCAAAGUACUGGAGUACAGAACCAAAACAACAAAAAAUGUGUCACUGUCCCAAUACCCUAAUUGUAACCCUAACCUAGCCUAAAGUAGCCUUUUUCCGUGUGUGUUUUUUUUUUUUUGUCUGAAUUUUCUUUGUUUUACUAUCCUUGUGAGGACUUCUGGUCCCCACAAGGAUAGUAAAAACACACACAAACAGGUUUCAGAUCAGAUCUUCACAGCGAGAGGACUGAGGGAGAGGCCAUAGAGAUCACUUUAGAUGUUUCUCUGAACUCUGACAUCACUACCUAGAGUACCAGACGUUGAAAAUACGUAUUUUUGGUGGAAAUCAAUUUUGCUCACUGGGUACUAAUGCUGAUCAGGGUCACUUUAAUUUGAUUAGUGUCCUAUUGCAAAAACAUAUUUUUCCAUAUAGAAUUUUAAGAUACUUAAAAACAUACUUUUAUUUUACUAAUAUGAUAAAGAAAAUGGAUCAGACCGUGGGCUUUAGGGUGAAUGUUGUAUGUUGUAUGUUAAUUGCAAUGGCUGCUGUAACGGUUGUGUGUGUAUAUUGCAGAAGUAUGACGGACACCUACCCAUAGAGAUCAAGGCGGUGCCAGAGGGAAGUGUGAUCCCACGGGGUAACGUCCUAUUCACCGUGGAGAGCACCGACCCAGAAUGCUACUGGCUCACUAACUGGGUGGAGGUGAGUGUCAGAGGGGGGGGAGCGGCAGCCAUUUUGGAAUGGAGUGGAUUUAUAUGGUUAGAGGUAGGUUAGGUCUCUCCAUCAAUGUGACUGGAUUGGGUCCUUCCUGUCUGUUCCAAAUACCUCCUUAGAGUCAGUGAGGCUGUCGGAGACUGUGCCUGAUCAAAGAUACAUUUAAUAUUUAACUUCACUCCUCACUGACCAAGGGCCUGCCCCUAGAGCACACCACACAACCGUGACGCUUUUUAAUGAACUUAUGAUGAGAGCCAUCAGUCUCUAUCUGUAGACAACCUCCUCAUGUAUCCUGUCUCUCUGUCUGUCUAGCCUGGAGUGUUACCAGCUAGCUUCUCUGACUAGGAUGGUUUCUAUGGGUGCUGCAUCACAAAUGGCAGCCUAUUCCCUAUAUAGUGCACUUCUUUGACCAGAAACCUGAGAAUAGGGUGCCAUUUGAAUGGCACCCUAUAUUAAUGACAGUGUUUCUUAUGCGUCUUAAACAGGACAGAGUAACGUAUGAACUGUGAGAGGACAAGGUCAUUUUGUCUACAGUACACGCACAAUGACCGCGAUGCCUGACGUUUAGCUGUCUGACAGGGUGAGCUAGGCCCCGUCUCCACCUCUCAGUAGUCACACUGUGCAGAAUCACUGAUCUACAAAUCAUCUUGCCUCCCGGGUAACUACUUAUUUUGCGAUCAAGAUCAGUGAAUCUUUCUCAGGCCGAUCCCCGUGAACGUGCAGAAUAGUUCCACUGAAGAGCAGACCGGAGCCUUGCUGGUCUGACACCAUCACAUGAUCAUAUUAACAGUGGUCACCAACCGGUCGAUCUUCAAGGCAUUCCUAGUCGAUCACCAAACAUUUCUGUUGAAAAGCCAACGAUUUAGCCUUGUGUUCUUUAUGUUUAGUUUUUUUGCGUCUUGCGCUGUUGGCGGUAGGUGCACUUGAUUCAGAAGCCCUGCGCGGCGGGUAAGUGUUCCCAUUUUGAACAAUUUAAUUUGUCUGAAGGGAGAGCUAAAUCAAGUGCGCCUACUGUGCUGGUCAAUUGGAUAGCUCAAAUCACUGUGCCUACAGCUUCCACGACCCCACAGAAAAGUUUGAUACUAGCCUACAUGAGAUUUGAUAACUUUUAAAACCAUGACCAAAGAGAGAGACUCAAAGAAUACAGCAAAGAGAUGCUGUUUUUAUGAGUGAGUUCAUUUUAAAGUUUUUAUUCAGCAGUGUCGACACUGUUUUUAUUCAACAUAAAACGCGCUUCUCCCUACUUCCACUCGCGCUACAACCAGCACUGCAGCUGCAAUGAAUGAGUAGCCAAGUAUAUCAAUAGCCCUGCAUUUUUAUUAUUAGCAGCUCAUCGUGUCUAUUUUAAUAUCAAGGAAUAUUUCACAUACUCUGGUCAUAGGAACAACAUGAAUUUGUGCGUGAGGCAGAAAUAAUGCGGUGCGACUCGAGUUUCGCCAACUGUCCCCUCCUCUCUCUGGUCAGUCUCACCGGAGGGAGGGAGCAGAGACUGUGAGAGGUGGAUCCUCUGCUGCUCCCUCCCGCCGCUGAGACUGACCAUCAGAUGCAGGUACCAUCAGUAAAAUAAAAAAGAAAAUUAUUUCAAUUAAUUCUCAGCUGUGCCUCGCUAGUAAAUGUUGCAUAGACUAACAUUUUUUAAGUCAUGUUUGUUUUUCUUUUUCUGAGCGGUAGAGCUCGGCUUGCUUUUUGACUCAAAGGUUGAUGACCACUAUAUUAUACAGUAUAUUAUUUUUUUGGCUCUGGAAGCAUGUGACUUUGUUAGCCCUAUCCACACUACGGUGCUCUACGGCACCCUCCUCAGUCUCCACCUGGCAUUACUGCUGUAGAUCACCACAACAUCAGCAUCACUGCAUGCAUCUAUAUACAACCAGUGAUAUAGCAGGCCUAUAUGCCUUCAGUUCCUUAAAGAUUAUUCAUUUGUUUCUAGAUUAUUAUGAUAAUUUCACAUAUUCAUGUGUAGUUGAUGGAGCUGUGGCCAGCAACAUCUUGUUGUGUGUGAGAGAUCAGGUAACCCUGCAUGUAUAACCUUAACAUGGUGUUUCUGACCCUGUAGACUGAUCCUGUACACACACACGUACACACACACUCACGUACACACACACACACACGUACACACACACGACACAGUUCCUAGAGGGAGAAAUAUGACUAGACACGGCGUGAUAAUAUUGACUCGCCCGUUCAACGAUGACUGGACUGAGACAAAGAACCAGGCUUCUCUAGCUGCCAGCGGGCCACAGCUAAGUAACUCUGUCCUGGGCUUGCCGUGCGAGGAAUCGCCCCUUCGAACCCUGUGUUGACAUGCGGAUGUCCUCUCCCUGUCCCUUUCCCAGGGAAUGUGGGUCUAGCCCCUGAGCCUCCCGAACAGCCCACUUCCCCUUCCACAUAGCAGGAUAAAGGGUCUGUCAAGAGGGUUGGUUUUGGGUUCAUGUUCCAGCUCACUACACUGUGAUGGGGUGACUGGAGGGAUGGGGCUGUGGUGGGGUCAGAGGGAUCUUUCGGGUCCAGGGCAGGCACAUGGACAGGCACACUACGGUUCAAGGAAGAUGGAGGAGAGAGCGGGAGGAGGGGAUCGGGAGGGAUUAGAGAGGGGGAGGAUGAAGGGAAGAGAGAAGGAGAGGGAGGGAAAAUGGAUGGAGGGAGACAGGAAUGAGGGAGAGGGAGACGCUUCGAAAGCACAGGAAAGUUGUGCUUCGAAAGCUCCAGACAUUCUAGUAUGGCCAUCUACUAACCCCCUCCCCUUAUCCCCUCUUCCUCCUCCCCUCCAGACCAUCCUUGUCCAGGUCUGGUACCCCAUCACCGUGGCGACCAACUCCAGGGAGCAGAAGAAGAUUCUGGCCAAGUACCUGCUGGAGACCUCUGGCAACCUGGACAAGCUGGAGUACAAGCUGCACGACUUCGGCUACAGGGGAGUCUCCUCACAAGAGGUAGAGGAACUGUGUGUGUGUGUGUGUGUGUGGGGGGGGGGGGGUUAAAUAGGUGUGUUUGUGUGUGUGUGUGUGUGUGGGGGGGGGUUAAAUAGGUGUGUGUGACAUUUGACUCACCAUCUCUCUCUCUUCCACAUUUUAGACGGCAGGUAUCGGAGCCUCAGCCCACCUGGUGAACUUUAAGGGCACAGACACAGUGGCUGGCAUCGGCGUGAUUAAGAAGUACUACGGCACCAAGGACCCUGUGCCUGGCUUCUCUGUGCCUGCUGCAGAGCACAGGUAAUACAGUCUAGACACACACUGACUACACAGCUAACACACUAACAUCUCUUACUUGGUCCAGAAUCAAUCAAAUUACAUUUGUAUGGGGCUUCUUAGCCCCAGAAAGCAAGCAGGAGAUGAUGGCUUUGAUAUCCAAAGAUCAACUGCUCUGCUUGUAUAGGCUAUUGAUAAGUGUAUUCACACCACACACACACACACACACACACGAUCAGGAGAUGUACAGUACAUCUCUAGUUGGGUGGGGUGUACCACUGUUCCAUGCCACAAGGCCACUUACUGCUGCUCCAUUGCACCAUUCAUUUGCCCCGAUGGUUUCUGGGAGUCCGGCUCCAGCGGCCCUGGCCUGGACUGUUCACUGUGGUUAAGUAAUCAUGACGGUCUGUUUAGUUUCAUCAUCCAGAGAUUUCACAGAGACACAGUCACAUUCCUCUCCAUAUGAUACUCUCCAGAGUGGCGCAGUGGUCUAAGGCACUGCAUCGCAGUGCUAGCUGUGCCACUAGAGAUCCUUGUUCGAAACCAGGCUCUGUCGUAGCCGGCCGCGUCCGGGAGACCCAUGGGGCGUUGCUUAAUUGGCCCAGCGUCGUCCAGGGUACAUGAGCUUCUGGAAGUUCAGUCUCUGCAAUGCAUUAAUAAGGAUAGUGGUGGUAGUGCAGCGCUAUGUGAAUGAGUUCAUAGGGAGAGAGAUUUGUUUUGUUGUCUUUAGUAAAUCUGAUAACUUUCUAUUCUCCCUCCUUCUCUCCAGCACCAUCACAGCGUGGGGGAAGGACCACGAGCGAGAUGCCUUUGAGCACAUCGUGAGGCAGUUUCCCAAUGUGCCCGUGUCUAUCGUCAGUGACAGCUAUGACAUCUACAACGCCUGUGAGAAGAUCUGGGGAGAAGACCUGAGGAGCCUCAUUGAGUCCCGCAGCGCUGACGCCCCACUGGUGGUCCGCCCCGACUCAGGGAACCCUCUGGAUACCGUACUGAAGGUAACACUAGGCCUAACUUGACCCUAACUAAACCCUAACUCAACCCCCCUAAACCCCUUGUCGUCCGCCUGACUUAGGGAACCCUGUAGAUAGCGUACUGAAGGUAGGUCCCAAUCAGGUCCUCUGAGAAAGUACUAACGCAAUCCUGAAUAUUAUUGGCAAGAUCCCAAUUUGAGAAAGAUGCACACAACUUCCACGUCCAUGUUAAUCUGCCAUUUGAUAUACAGUGAGGGGAAAAAAGUAUUUGAUCCCCUGCUGAUUUUGUACGUUUGCCCACUGACAAAGACAUUAUCAGUCUAUGAUUUUAAUGGCAGGUUUAUUUGAACAGUGAGAGGCAGAAUAACAACAAAAAAAUCCAGAAAGACGCAUGUCAGAAAUGUUAUAAAUUGAUUUGCAUUUUAAUGAGGGAAAUAAGUAUUUGACCCCUCUGCAAAACAUGACUUAGUACUUGGUGGAAAAACCCUUGUUGGCAAUCACAGAGGUCAGACGUUUCUUGUAGUUGGCCACCAGGUUUGCACACAUCUCAGGAGGGAUUUUGUCCCACUCCUCUUUGCAGAUCUUCUCCAAGUCAUUAAGGUUUCGAGGCUGACGUUUGGCAACUCAAACCUUCAGCUUCCUCCACAGAUUUUCUAUGGGAUUAAGGUCUGGAGACUGGCUAGGCCACUCCAGGACCUUAAUGUGCUUAUUCUUGAGCCACUAAUUUGUUGCCUUGGCCGUGUGUUUUGGGUCAUUGUCAUGCUGGAAUACCCAUCCACGACCCAUGUUCAAUGCCCUGGCAGAGGGAAGGAGGUUCUCACCCAAGAUUUGACGGUACAUGGCCCAGUCCAUCGUCCCUUUGAUACGGUGAAGUUGUCCUGUCUGCUUAGCAGAAAAACACCCCCAAAGCAUAAUGUUUCCACCUCCAUGUUUGACGGUGGGGAUGGUGUUCUUGGGGUCAUAGGCAGCAUUCCUCCUCCUCCAAACACGGUGAGUUGAGUUGAUGCCAAAGAGCUCCAUUUUGGUCUCAGCUGACCACAACACUUUCACCCAGUUCUCCUCUGAAUCAUUCAGAUGUUCAUUGGCAAACUUCAGACGGCCCUGUAUAUGUGCUUUCUUGAGCAGGGGGACCUUGCGGGCGCUGCAGGAUUUCAGUCCUUCACGGCGUAGUGUGUUACCAAUUGUUUUCUUGGUGACUAUGGUCCCAGCUGCCUUGAGAUCAUUGACAAGAUCCUCCCGUGUAGUUCUGGGCUGAUUCCUCACCGUUCUCAUGAUCAUUGCAACUCCACGAGGUGAGAUCUUGCAUGGAGCCCCAGGCAGAGGGAGAUUGACAGUUCUUUUGUGUUUCUUCCAUUUUCGAAUAAUCGCACCAACUGUUGUCACCUUCUCACCAAGCUGCUUGGCGAUGGUCUUGUAGCCCAUUCCAGCCUUGUGUAGGUCUACAAUCUGAUUGAGAGGGGGUCAAAUACUUAUUUCCCUUAUUAAAAUACAAAUCAAUUUAUAACAUUUUUGACAUGCGUUUUUCUGGAUGUUUCUGGACCAUUAAAAUUAUAGACUGAUCAUUUCUUUGUCAGUGGGCAAACGUACAAAAUCAGCAGGGGAUCAAGUACUUUUUUCCCUCACUGUAAGUGUAGAAUAAUAAUAAUAAUAAUAAUAAUAACAAUAAUAAUAAUAUAUGCCAUUAGCAGACGCUUUUAUAGUCAUGCACUCAUACAUUUUAUGUACAGGUGGUCCCAGGAAUUGAACCCACGAUCUUAGCGUUGCAAGCGCCACGCUCUACCAACUGAGCUACAGAGGGUGCAUGAUUUGGGUGAUAUUUUGAGCUAUGACCGGGCUUCUGUAGUUGGGAUUGAGCCCUAUGGAAGCCCUCCCAGUCGGUUCUGUAUGUUCCUCCCGUACAGAUGUUUAAUAUUCUUUUUCAAAAUCUUUGUGGUUCCUCCUCUCAGGUGCUGGAGAUCCUGGGGAAGAAGUUUAUCCCUACGGAGAACUCCAAAGGCUACAAGGUUCUGCCACCCUAUAUCAGAGUUAUACAGGGGGAUGGAGUGGACAUCAACACCCUGCAAGAGGUACAUAUACACAGACACACACACACACACACACACACACGUCAGUUUUAACAGUGCAUGUAUCUGUGUGUGUAGAUCGUGGAGGGGAUGAAGCAGCACAGGUGGAGCAUUGAGAACAUCGCCUUUGGCUCUGGAGGGGCUCUGUUGCAGAAACUGACCAGGGAUCUGCUCAACUGCUCCUUCAAAUGCAGCUACGUGGUCACCAACGGCCUGGGGGUGAGCAGAACAUUACACGCAUGCACACACACCGUCACACACACACCAUCACACACACAUACAUACUGUAUACUGUAUUACAGUGGGGUCUUAAAUUAUUGACACUCUUGAUAAGGAUGAGCAGAAAUUAUUGUAUAAAUUAAUUCAAAUACUGAGCUAUAUUGUAUGCUAAAAAAAAUGGGGAAAUUAUUUUAUGCUAAUACAAUUGCUCAGAGAAAGAGAUUUUGUUUAACAAGUAAUACUUUUUUUCUCAAAAAGGUAGGGGUCAAAAUUAUUGGCACCCUGUUUUCAAUACCUCACCUUGCGAGAAUAACGGCACUGAGAACACAUUGGGAGGGAUCUUAGACCAUUCCUCUAUACAGAAUCCUUCCAGAUCCUUGAUAUCCUUCGUCUGUGCUUAUGGACUGCCCUUUUCAAUUCAAACCACAGGUUUUCAAUGGGUUUCAAGUCCGGAGACUGAGAUGGCCAUUGCAAAAUGUUGAUUUUGUGGGAAAUUAACAAUUUAUUUGAGGGUUUUGGUGUGUGCUUGGGAUUAUUGUCUUGCUGGAAGAUCCACUUGUGGCCGAGUUUCAGCCUCCUGGCAGAGGCAACCAGGUUUUUGGCUAAAAUAUCCUGGUACUGGGUAAAGUUCCUGAUGCCGUUGACCUUAACAAGGGCCCCAGGACCAGUGGAAGCAAAAUAGCCCUAUAACAUUAGAGAUCCACCACCAUAUUUUACAAUGGGGUUCUUUUCUGCUCAUGCAUUCUCAUUUCGACAGCAAACCCACCAAUGGUGUGCAUGGCCAAAGAGCUCUAUUUUCAUGUCAUCUGACCAAACACCGGUUACAAUUCAAGUGCCAAUGCUGUUUAGCAAACUCCAGGUGUUUACAUUUGUUGGAUGAAAACAAUUCAGUUAAUUAUCAGUUAAUUAUUACAUUAAUUCAGGCUUUUGUUCAUUUAGAACAUACCCAGGCCAUAUACAUUUUAAACCUGUGCGGGUGGUAAAAGUUUGAGUAUACCCUGCUAAAUAAAUGGAUGCUAUUUUUGCAGCCUAUAGCAUAUUCGAUUUUGGGAAUUGUUUAUAUAACUUUCAAUUAAACUAUUCGAUUAUUGAAACAAUAUUUAAUGUAUGUCAGCUAUAGGCUUUCAUUGGGUAAUUGAGAAUAGUAUUUUUUUCUAAGCAAUUUGAGUUGACAAUGUGCCGCAUCGCAUUGUGAAAAUAAUGGCAUGGUUUCCUUUUAUCCAAAUGUUGAAUAGACAUGCAGACAAAUCAAUUCAUACAGGAAAGGGUAAUAGCCUAAUAGCCUAUACUUCUCUGGAGUCAUAAAAACUAUUAAAUACAUUUAUAUUAUUUGGCGGUCGGGUUGCGGAGAAAAAUCUGUCCUGAUAUCGGGUGGAGCUCGGAAUUGACCUGGCUGGCGUAGGGAAGGUGCAUCUCCAAAAAACUGUCCCGUGCAGGACUCUUAACACAGACACACAUCUAUGCAUACCUUCACUGGAAGGAGAAGUGUAACUGUUUAAUAUUUGGUGUCAGGUGAACGUGUUCAAGGACCCAGUGGCGGACCCUAACAAAAGGUCAAAGAAAGGUCGUCUGUCUCUGCACCGGACAGCGAGCGGGGACUUUGUCACUCUCGAGGAGGGCAAGGGAGACCUGGAGGAGUAUGGUGUGGUAAGUUGAGUUCACAUAUCAUACCUUACUCCCACGUCAAUGCAUUCCAAUAGCCUUUGUAAAUUUAAUGUUGUUUUAGUUAUUGUGGUUAGUCAAAUGUGACCUUUUUAUUGAGGUUAGUCAAUUAGACACUUCACUGACAUUCAUUUUUGUUUUUUUCCCUCUCUCGCUCUCUCUCUCGCUCCCUCCCUCACUUCUCCGUCUCCCUCCAGGACCUGUUACACACAGUGUUUCAGAAUGGGAAAAUUGUCAAGACGUACACUUUCGAUGACGUCAGAGACAAUGCCAAGAUAACGGACAGUGACCUCAAGGAGCUCCUCCACUGAGGGGCCGCUCCCCUGACUCCAGAACCCCUGACCUCCAUCACCCCACCGGAGGCGGCACACUGCUAAUGACGCCCCCCCCCCCCCUUUCCCUCAACCCCCACCCACCCUCCCAGAAGCACUGUCCUCCACUGGAGAGGAGAGUAGACCCACACACACCACACGUCCAAACCCACACCCGAGUGAAGGCCAAGGGAUAG